AAUACAAGCACCUCCGUCAUCAAAGGCUCACUCCGGCCUUCCGCAAGAUCAGGACACUAUGGCCGCUGAAGUUCAGACCCUCCCAAAGGACGUUUCGAAACUUGGUCAGGAGAUCAAGUUAUUCGGCAAGUGGGAUACCCAAGAUGUCGAGGUCAAGGAUAUAUCCUUGACUGACUACAUUCAGGUCCGACAUGCCGUUUACCUCCCGCACACAGCGGGUCGGUACGCCAAGAAGCAAUUCAAGAAAGCUCAGAUGCCAAUUGUCGAGCGUCUUGUUGACAGCUUGAUGAUGAAGGGUCGGAAUAACGGAAAGAAGUUAAUGGCCGUUCGCAUAGUCGCACAUGCUUUUGAGAUUAUUCACCUUCUUACGGACCAGAAUCCUAUUCAGGUCCUUGUUGACGCUAUCGUAAACACUGGCCCCCGAGAAGAUUCCACCCGUAUUGGUUCCCAAGGUACCGUCCGCCGUCAAGCUGUUGAUGUGUCACCCCUGCGGAGAGUGAACCAGGCAAUCGCCCUCCUCACCAUCGGUACUCGAGAGUCCGCUUUCCGGAACGUGAAAUCUAUUGCGGAGUGCCUUGCUGAUGAACUUAUCAAUGCUGCAAAGGGUUCUUCGAACUCGUACGCUAUCAAGAAAAAGGACGAACUUGAGCGUGUCGCCAAGUCCAACCGGUGAAAAGGUACACUUAUGUACGUACGAAAAACGCUGCUCUACGAUGUAUGGCCUUUUGCUAUGUACAUGCCAUUAUGGGCUUUUCGAUGACAUUUUUUUCCCCUCUGAUUGCCACGUUUGAAUUUACACAAAUCUGCUAUCUGCGUACGAAUGCACCGCUAUCUCACCUCCGAGGGACCGUACGCCUGGGGCUUUGUAGCGUAGUGCUGUAGCCGUGCCCUUCUUUGAGCAAUGCAUCCCCCUAAACACGCGU